AUGAGCAAACCGGCGGUGCAGGAUGUUAGCAACUUGCAGAUUGUUCUCUGGGAUGACUCCGCAGUCGAGCCCGAGGCUGAGGUCGUCGCGUUGCCACCGCUACCUCCGCCUCCGGGCUAUGGGCCACAUGCUGAGGCUCGGGAAGCUUUAUUGAACGAUUGUCGUUCUCUUCUUCGUUUUCUGUGGUUGCACCACAGUCGCCGCUUUGAUCGACGUCCGAAGGAUAUCAUGGGGCUGGCAGGAGUUGAUGAUUUGGACAUAAACUUCGACUUCUGGUUUGCUUGGGAAAAUGCCCAAGCUGUCACCCACACAGUGAAUGGGGGGGACUGGAAUGACAUCACGAGCACGUGGCUCCGCUUAGAGCUGCAGGACACGAACAGCUCAGGAGCGGCGGGCUCUUGCGCGCGAAUCGUGAGCUAUCAUGGCACCCGAUGGCCCAAGCUGCCUUGGAUUUUGCAGCAGAAAGGCCUUCGUGCUGGACCGCGUGUUGCUGGCAAUACGCGUGGUGUGUGGAGCUCCCAAAGCUUCCAGGUUGCUGAAAUGUAUGCCUGGCCCGAGCCGUUGGCUGGUGCUGCGCGGAAGCCUUGGAAUCCUUGGAAGCAGCCGGAUGCUUCCGCAAGAACGGGUGAGAGGUUCCAGGUGGUGCUCGAACUGGAGCUCCAAGAAUGGCGGUGCCACAACAGAUCGAAGUCUGGCUAUUUGGUGACGCAAGAUGAGGCGAAGGUCACCCUCAAGGCUUUGCAUCUACGAUGCUGGCGAGAAGGGGCCUCGGAUCACCCGAGCCUCCGGCAAGGCUACUUUCCUUCCAGCUUCAUGCCCGAUGGGGAGCGGCUCGACUUCGUGCCCGGAGGGUCCCUUGACGGCCAGGCCCAGCGGCAGACGCUGACGAAGUGGAUUCGGCCACAGCUGCAGCGCGUGGUUUGUAAGGCCGAGUCCAGCAAAAAGAGGGUCAGAAAGAUGGUGCAAAAGAAGGUUCCGAAGAGGGUUAGGUUGAAAUGCGCCGAUGUUGACAUAUCCGAGCUGUGCUGGGACAGCGUGGUGGCCGUGGUUCGGGGAAGGACCCUCCGGGAGAAGCUGGACAAGAUCAUGCGGAAAGCUUACGCGACUGUCGUGAAGUGUGCAGCCUCUCCAGUGUCAUUGCUGUCAGGUUGGGCCACCGAGGUGGCUGGACAGCUUGUCCAGGAGGAGGAGCUCACUUUCGCUUUUCACCGAAGCGUCGCGAGCGACCCCGGCUGGAUGAUCGGGCAGAAGACAUGGGAUAAGGCUUUGGAAGAUCAGCUGCAGGACAUUGUGGCAGCACAGCUUUCUCGGGUGCUCGCUGCUGAUAUGUUGAUGCUGCCAGAGUAG